AUGCUUGAUCUUAUCCGCAAAAGGCUCCAGUUAUGGAAAGGCAAGCUUCUCUCCUAUGCAGGCAGGUUGGUCCUUAUUCGUUUAGUUCUGGAAUCUUCUUAUAUCUACUGGUCAAGCAUCUACAAUCUUCCCCAAGCUACAAUCAAGUCCUUGGAAUCUCUCUUUGCCUCUUUUCUUUGGAAGGGUAAGGAGUCGUCUAGAUUCCUUCACCCUCUCAGCUGGGCAGCCGUGUGUCUUCCUAAAAAGGAAGAAGGUCUGGGCAUUAGGAGAAUCAAAGAGGCAAAUUCUGCAGGGAUCAUCAAGCUCAUAUGGAAAAUUGUCUCUAAACAGAAGAGCAUCUGGGUCGAUUGGAUUUACUCGAAUCUUCUCCGUCAAGACUCCAUCUGGUCAGCUUCUGCUACCUCUGACUCUUCUUGGGUCUGGUGCAAGAUCUUGGACUCCCGUCAUUUGGUUCUCCACAGCAUCAGAACUCAGAUUGGAGAUGGUCUCUCUACUUAUCUUUGGCUCGACCACUGGCACCCUAAGGGAAUCCUCAUCAACAUGAUAUCUCCUCGUACCAUUUAUGCUUCUGACCUCCACAGGCUCUCCUUGGUUGCUGAUAUCUUAGGCCCAGCUGGCUGGUCUCCUCCCCCCACUGCCUCCCAGGACCUUACUCUCAUUUGGAAUGAUCUUGCUACCAUUCCCCGAAAGCUUUCGAACAGAGGUGACUGUGUUUUGUGGAAAGCUAGCAGCUCCAGUUCCUUCUCCUCAAAUUCAGCUUGA